UCUUGUUUAUUGUUGUUGUUAUUGAGUUUCAGAAUUGUAUGUAUGUUUGUGGUUGGUUUUGGUUGUUGUUGUUGAUUUACUUACCUUACAUAUAACCCUUGUAGAAUUAUUAAUGGUUUCGAUCACAUUACUCAGUUUAGGUUGCUAUAAUUGCUGAUUUUGAAAGUGAAAAUAGAGCUUCUAUACACAAAGUACAUGAGCUCAAAGUACAUGUAGUCAUGACUUAUGCCCAUGUUGAGCUUCAAGAGGUAAGCCGUUUCUGGAGGGAUCUACUUUGAAGUUGACGUGGCUCAGACGUCACUUCUCACAGAUGCCAGAGGGAGCUGAUGACUUGACAGUUCAGCGCCAUAGCCGUGCUUACAUUCUCACUCUCAUGGGAUCUAUUCUGUUCGCCGACAAGAGUGGCGAUGCUGUGUCACUCUACUACUUGCCGUUCCUUCGAGACUGGGGGACAGCUUCGACUUACAGCUGGGGGAGUGCGACUCUUGGUUUUUUGUAUCGGCAGCUAUGUCGAGGAUGUCAGCGAGAUUCAAGACAGAUUGGAGGCCCGCUCAUCCUACUACAGUUGUGGUCGUGGGAGCAUAUUACUAUUGGCCGACCAUACAUUAGGAGGCCUCGAGAUCCGCCACAGGAGGACCCUGAGGCUGAGGAUGAGGAUGACAUUUUGGGGACUCAGCAUCAGCGAGGUGUUGACCCUUUGGCGUGCAGGUGGUUACGUGUCCAUCUAUCGUGUGCGCAUACUGCUUCUGGACUACCAUACUACAGAGAUGCGUUUGACCAUCAGCGCGAGGACCAGAUGAUUUGGCAGCCAUAUACUGAGGCGGUGAUGGAUCGACUUCCGGAGAUUUGUCGCUCAGACAUGCACAUUUGGCGUUCACGGGCACCUCUGAUAUGGUUUGACGUCGUUGAGUUCCACCUCCCAGACCGAGUCCUUCGUCAGUUCGGGUUAGACCAGCCGAUCCCACAGGAUGUAGACACGGACGUUGCUCUACACAGGAAGGAUCGAAGGGGACAGCGUAAUUGGGAGAUUCGGCAUUCGGACCAUGUACACGAGUGGAGUCGACGAGAGGCAUUAGUCGUCCAGGGAUACCCGUUCACUGGGACUUCUUCCCCGGCCAUGACAGAGUACAUGGCUUGGUACCGUCGCAUCACGAGACUGGUCAUUACUCCACCUUCGCAGGAGCGCCCCCCGAGUCAUUACCAGCCAGCUACCUCGGACCUCCUGCUUGCACAUGCAUUUGCUGAUUUGCACGUCCAGCUAUCGGGAGCUACUGAGACCAUCUCCCACUUGCCACCAGAGACGGCUAUACCAUUUGCCAUACAGACGAUGCAGGGUUUUACAUCAUUUUGUGGCCAAACCUUGUCUAGGGUGGGGCAGUCACACCUUAUUCAGCAGCCUCGACCGUCCACGUCUUCAUCUUCUACUGUGCACACUAUGCCGAUCAGACCACCACCUCAUCGUGGAGGCCAUUCAGCACGUGCCUUCCGUCCACCGACUCCUUCUCAGCAUACUAUCAUGACAUCUCCUCCACUAGUGCAUCGCCAGUAUCAGAGAAACCGACGGCGUAGCAACACUACGUCUGGGGUUGGAGUUGGCCUGGAUGACAUUCCAGAGGAGACAACUGCAUCAUCUUCAUCGUCACCUCAUGGGAAGAAGCAACGCCCGAGCUAAGUGUAUAUUUUGGAACUAAACUAAUUUUUUUGUAAAUGCUUAGAAUUGGAUUUUGUUAUAUUUAAUCAAUUGAAAAAUAUUCGACUUUGCAA